UUGAAAAAGUUGUUUGUUAAGCUUGGAAACUCUUCAGCAACUGUGUAACUAGCGAAAAGAACAAACGGUGAACACGAGUAAAGUGCAGUUCAGUGGGUUUCGGUUACUAUUUGCGCGAAAUCGAACGAAAAUCCCGUCAGUUUUGUGUGAAGCGAUUUCGACAGCGUGUGUGUGCGUGCGUGCGUGCGUGUGUCCUCAAAAGCGGCCCGCACCCCGGAAUUUCGCUUCGGUUUCUGGUCUUUUCCGUUAUGUUGUUUACCUGCGCCGGUGGAAUUUGUGAGCGAUAGUUGUUUCAGCAUAAAUAGGAGCGAGUGAAAAACGAUUUAAAUGGAGAUCCACACCGAAAGCAGCGGAAUCGAUUCGUCACCGGACAUGAAUUCCAGCCUCGAGAUCAACCCGUCGCCCGUGCGAUCGGUCGUGCAGCCACGCAAGCUUACGUUCUGCGAGCUGUCCCCGGACCAGGCGGGCAGUCCUCUUCCGCCAGCACCGAAGCAACCAUCGAUGUCGCCACCGUACCGGAAGGUUCGCGCUCUGCGCCUUUUCGAUACUCCGGCCACUCCGAAGACCAUCCUGCAGAAAUCCACGGACAACAACCUGUUCCGUCGACAGUUCGGUGCUUCCGGGGCGUCCGACAACUACGAUGUGCUGGCCAAACCGAUGGACGGCGGCAUGAUGGGCUUGUUGGCGGCCGAUAAACCCAAAUCCUUGCCGCUGCACCGACAACUGGACGGUGGACGGCCAGCCAACGUGAAUCCGUUCACACCACCGGCCAUGUUCAUGCGUACGAAGAAGCGUACCCGGCAGGAAGGUUGUGGCACGAGCCUGACGACACUGAACCAGAGCUUCCCGACCAUCUUUCCGAGCAAUCGAAUCAACAGCAAGAGCCAAAGCCGUUGGCCUCUAGCGGCCGGAUCGUUGACACCCUUCGCCAGCCGACCACCACCGGGAAACGACUCCACGAACCACACACUGAAGGCGUUCAAUCUGGUAGAGGACGAGUCCGGAGAGUACCGACAGGCACCGAAGCGACUGGCUUUGCAGGAUUCCAACAUCUCGCGCUACGAGAAGGAGUUCAUCGAGCUGGCGCUGCUCGGAACUGGCGAGUUCGGACAGGUCUAUCAGUGUCUCAACCGGCUGGACGGAUGUAUCUAUGCGAUCAAGAAGAGCAUUCGCCCGGUGGCCGGCAGUGCGUUCGAAAAGACGGCCCUAAACGAGGUGUACGCUCACGCCGUGCUGGGUAAGCACGAUAACGUUGUGCGAUACUAUUCGGCCUGGGCUGAGAACAAUCACAUGCUGAUUCAGAACGAGUACUGCAACGGAGGCAGUCUGCAAACGGUGCUGCAGGAGCGCAGCUUGAAGGAAUCGGAGCUACGCACAUUGCUGCUGCAUGUGGCCGAAGGAUUAAAGUACAUCCACUCGAACGAGCUCGUGCACAUGGACCUGAAGGCGGGCAACAUCUUCCUCUCGAAGACACCACUGCGGACAGCGGCUGGCUCUGCCGGAGGAUACGUAUCAUCGGCUACCACGACGGAUUAUGCGACCGACGAUGGGUUCGAGGAUGUAUACGAUGAUCUGGAGAACGAGUUCCUAGUUACGUACAAGAUCGGAGACCUGGGACACGUUACCUCCAUCAACGAUCCACAGGUGGAAGAGGGCGACUGCCGGUAUCUACCAGCCGAGAUUCUGCACGAGGACUUUUCUAAUCUGGCCAAGGCGGACAUAUUCUCGCUCGGCAUCACCCUCUACGAGGCCGGUGGUGGUGGCCCUUUGCCGAAGAAUGGAGACGAUUGGCAUCAACUUCGCAGUGGCCAGUUCCCCGAUUUGCCCGGCAUCGGACGUGACUUUAACGAUCUCAUCAAAAAGAUGAUGCACCCGAACCCCGAGAAACGACCCUCCUCGACUACCAUCUUCAAUCAUCCGGUUCUCUCCCCAAUCGACUCCAAGACGAAGGCGCAGCUGAGCCUAGAGCUAAGCAUGGAGCGGCAGAAGAACGAAGUGCUGAUGAGGAAGCUUAAGGAACAGGCAAAGCUGAUCAAAUCGCUGGAACAAGGUGGUAGCACACCAGGCUCGACACGCAAAUCGCGCACACAAGCGUCACUGCACGAAGUGACCACGUCCGAUCGCAAGCUACGAUCGUACUCGCGCAAAAAGCGAACCACGAAUCUACUGUCCGGUCGCCGGGGUAUCCGGGAUAAUAACAAAACCAAGGACUAUUAGUCAGCAGUCGUUCCUAGCAGACACCGGAGAACGUUGUGGCUCACCAGAGCUACUCUUCCAGCUCAUCUCUCUCUCCCCCUCUCUUCGAUCACAAUACCUUGGAUGUCUCUAAACCCCCCUCCCGCCGGUGUCUUAUGUGCCUUCUCGCUUUCUGCUUUCCCUCUGCCCGGUCAAAAGAGUGCGGAAAAGGAAAGCAACCGUGCCAUUGAUCAAUAGCCAAAAACUAAACAAAAAAGUCACAGUUAGUCUAGGGAACAAGUCACGUCAAGCAAACGAGGAAAGUCAUCGGAAUGUGAUCCAGAAGCAGAAACCAAAACCGACCAAAAAUGCAAUUGCACAGCUCAGGGAGGGUAUAUUGCUCGGGCGGUUCAAUUGUGAAUCGCGUAUCAAAAUCCAAAAUGAUUCGAUGAUUCGUAGAAGAAGCAGUACAGGGAGGACGAAGGAUGAUAUUCUUCGCAAGACGGAAAAAUGUUGAAAACACCGAAUGAAAAGAGGCGCAACGAACACGAAAGAAGCGGCCACAGGCGAAGAAAAAGAAUGAAAGAUUUCCCGUUCCAAACCGGAGGCGGGCAACGGUUUUCUAGGAGUUUUUUUUUAACAAUUUCAUUUUUAUUUGUCCCUUUAUUCGUAAAAUUAAAUUAUUUUCCCUUUUCUCUUUUUUGGUGUAUAGUUUUCUAAUGGUCGCUCCAUUACUUUCGGCGGGCACUCACUCUCCUUUCGCUUCGAAAUCUUUAUUUCUCUUAAUUUUUAUCUUAAUCAUGCACUCUUUCAUUCGCGUUAGUGUAUCGUAUUGUGUUUUGAAAAAAGAAAAAGAAUCCGGAUGCAACGAUGCUGGCAUAUAAGCUUUGCAGCCCUCCACAAAUUGGUCUCCGGCUCCAGCGAAAGAUAAUGUGCAGGUCUGGGAAGAAGCUGUGAACAGCUACUCUUGGAUCCAAUGCAUCCGUAGCUCUUACGUUCGUUCGGGAUGUUUCUCAUUUUACGAAUGUUUUGAUUAGCUUCGUUUUGGAACAGUUUACAAAUAGAAGGGUAUAGAACGGUGGUCUGUUGUAUUUGAUGAAAUGCCCGUAAUGAUACAUAAUUAUCUGAAAUUAAGUGAACAAAUUGAAAAAAGCUUGGGAAAGGUGAUAAGAACAAAGCGUCGAACAAAUAAUGGGAUUGGAAUCCGUCAGAGGAUGCAGAAGCGAAGCAGUGACGCAAAGAGCACCCGAUAGAAAAGAUUGAGAGAAUGUCAAGGAACUAAAACUGCAAAUUGGAUUAAAAGGAGAACAAUUCGGAGUGUAUCUUUAGUUAGUCCUUUAAAUAACAAAUUCGGCAUCAGCAGCUGUAGCAGUGGAGCAGUAGUGUCAGUAACAGGAAAUUAUGUGAUGAGAGCAGCAGUAAUGAUCAAUGGAGCGUUGGGAGUACAAGUAACGGAUGAGCGAAGAGAAAUGUAAGGCUGUAAACUUGCCCCUUGUGGAAACCGACAGUGAAGAAAGUGAGAUGAGGAACAUUAUGCGCCAUGAUCAUGGCUAAACCCAAUGUGAACGCAUUUAGUAUGUAGGAUACAGUGUAUGCAAAUAGAAUACCGAUAGCGGUUACUCAGCGUGAAGUGCUCCUUACUUCUUAUGAAUAGGGUUUUCUCUGCCCAGAUUUUCCUAUUGCCAGCUCUAUAUAACAUAUAUAAGAUAUAACGAUACAGGUAAUGCAGUGUAGUCUAUACUCCAUCGAAAAGAAACCAGUUGAUGGUUGCGAAACGAUGAAUGGCAGAAGCUACGAUCGACAACGACAACGACGACGCCACAUUCAUACACACACACUGACAGGAAGGAAGCGGAAGAAAUUUUGUGAUUUUAACAAUUAAGCCAAACACCGUCGAUGUCGAUGUGAACGCGAAUCGCGUCCUUAUUCUUCCCCGGUUCGCUUCGGAACUGGACUGAACGCACGAUACCACUACGCGGCACUAGUGUGCACUGGUAUCGGGGCGAAUUGGGUAACAGUAAGGACAACAUCCAUCCACUGGACAGAGUUCAUUCUAAUACGCAAGCGGAGCGGCGAGUCUCUAAUGACCGGUAAAGUGUUAGGGAUAAAUUACGACAAUACGAUGAAGAAGUGUAGCAUUCAAGGGUGUGUUGUGGCAGUGGUGCUUGUGCAGCGACUACAAUAAUUCAUAGUUACUGGUAGUUUGGCUUCUACUUUAUAUAAAACAUGAAAUAGUGGUUUAAAGUUUUCCUAGCAGUUUAGUGUCAUAUCCCUGUUUUAAAGGGAAAACCUGUUGUCUCACAGGCAGUUUACGGUUUCUUUCUCUGACGAUUUCACUCUUCCAUACAUCAUUCCUUUAUCGAUAAAACGAAGCCGAUAUUCCAGAUGCACAACUGCAUGGCCAUUACAAGUAAAGUACCCACCACCGCACUCAUGCUCAGUGCAACUGCCCGUCUUCUCAGCUGCGUCACGUAAAUAAGGUGGUAUGUUAGGUAGAAAUAAGCAAGAAAAAUGUAUACAACUGGUUAUCAAUGUAAUGAAGGAUGAAUAAAAUAUAUAUUACCCUGAAAAACCAACACGCGAACAAUGUUUGUCCUGG